AUCAACUUCAUGCAAUAAAAACUCAUCUUCUUUCCUUUUCUCACCUUCGCUUAUUGUAUUGUAUAAUGGCUCCCUCUCUUCGGUCUGUUCUGCUUCCUUUUAUUAGUCUGCUUUAUAUGCAGACUUUGGCAGAGGCUGCAACAUGUAGUGACUGUUUCAUUCAAUCUCGAGCAGCGCAUUAUCCAAAUUCUGAUGAACAAGGAACAGAAUCUGGUGCUUGUGGAUUUGGUUCUUUUGGGGCAACAAUAAAUGGAGGAGAUGUAUCAGCUGCAUCUGAUCUCUAUCGUGGUGGUGUUGGAUGCGGUGCUUGCUAUCAGGUGAGAUGCACUGACAGCAACUACUGCACCGACAAAGGAGUUAAUGUUGUUAUAACUGACCAAGGCUCAAGUCAUAACACAGAUUUUAUUCUCAGCAGACAAGCCUUUGGUCGGAUGGCUCAAAAUGUAGAUGCAGCUGCUUUUCUGCUAUCAUUUGGAAUAGUUGGUAUUGAAUAUAGACGUGUUUCAUGCAGCUAUCCAGACAAAAAUAUAACAAUCAAGAUUGAUGAGAACAGCAACUAUCCUCAUUAUUUGGCUUUUGUCAUAAGGUUUCAACAAGGAAAGAGGGACAUUACUGCUGUGCAACUAUGUGAGGCUCAAAAUUUUGUCUGCAAGCUUUUGGAUAGGAGUUAUGGAGCCGUAUGGACAACUACAUCACCCCCAAGCGGACCUUUGUCGCUGAGGAUGUUAUUCAGUAGUGAAGAUGGAGAUGAUGAGGAAUGGGUUGUUCCUGUCAAUAACAUUCCCCAAGACUGGAAGGCCGGAGAAACAUAUGAUACAGGAGUGCAAGUGAACAUAUAAUCAGAUGAUCUUAGUCUGACUAUUUUUCUCGCCAAACAAGUCCCUAGAAAAUAUAAAUCUUAUUGUGUAGCUGUUAAAUAUAUUUUAUUUUAUUGUAUUUCUUUUCUUCAUCUCAAGAUGGGGAUAGAGUUUAAUAAGAGAAGUUCAUGAAUGUAAUCAUUUCA